CUCUGUUUUCAUUUGAACCAAGUAAAAUUAUAAUCAACCUCGAGUUUAACUAAAUUUAAUAAAUAACAAACGGUAUUAUUAUACUAUAAUUAUGAACGAAGACGAAAUAACUGUUUUAGGUGGUAAUAAUUUCAGUGAAAUCAUCCAAAUACUAGAGAAUUUUUUAAAAGUUAAUGACAACGUGUUUUCGUUUCCUUUCCUAUUGACGAAUAAUAGACGUGUUUCGUUAUGGGCGGCAUUAUUUCAACAUCUUCAAUCAAAAUCUUCAGAAAGUAUUCAUGUUCUGUGCUUAACUACAAUAAGACUUUUAAGCCGAGAUAAAACUGAACUUGAAAGUUUGAUCUGCGAAAAAUGGAUUAUAACAUUAAUAGAAAAGGCAGGCUUGUUCAAUUUUGUUGAUCCUGAGGAUACAAUGGAUGUUGAUAUGCCUAUGAAGGAAGUGGUAGUUGAGGCACUGAAAUGCUUGUGCAACAUAGCUUUCAACAGUGAAGUAGCUCGGGCAUUGUGUGCCCACACUAGCAUAGCCCAGGGGCUAGUGGCAAGACUGCGCUCCUAUAAAGAAAUAUCUUUUAAAGAUGAGAUAAUGCUUUUUGAUAUGAAAUUGCUUUUCAUCUUGACAGCCUUAAGACAAGACAUAAAGGCUAAAAUAAAAAAUGAUUUACAUGGAAUGGAUUACUUAAUAAGUUGUUUGAAUGAGCUUGUUGUCGAAGCAACGGAGCCUCAAAUGGAGGUUGCUGGAGUGUGUGAUGUUAUUGAGGGGUCCCAUAACUGUUUUUUACAGGAGAACCAACAAGCAAUAAUGUGUGAAAUAUUGAAGACACAGUUCAACCUUAUGUUGCAUUCUGGUUCUGAGGAGCCAGUGAGUGAGGCAGAUGAGGGAAUGUACCUAAGAUUAAUGCCAGCAUUAACCACAUUACUAUAUGCUCAUGUACCAACACAAGAUAAGUUGAUGGAGCUACACAGUAACAUUGCUAACUUGUUAACCAGUGUUCCACCAGUUUUCUAUCAGUAUUUGACACCGGAGUUGAAUGAUGGAGAAACAGCACAAAAUAUAUAUGAUGGCAGAAACAUGGAUGCUUUACAAGCCUUGCUCCAGCUUCUGCAAUAUAGACUCUCAAUAACAACUAGUACAAAAAAUCAAUAUGAAAACCUGUCUCCAAUUUUGACCGUUUUGAACAAAAGCUCCCGCGGUUGUCGAGCUCAACGCAAGUAUUUAAGGCAGGUUGUGCUGCCACCGUUACGAGAUGUCUCAAGACCACCUGAGAAGGGACACACACUUCGUAAUCAGCUGUGCAGGCUUCUUACUACCCCUGUAACAUCUGUUCGAGAUCUGGUCGCCGAGUUUCUAUUCAUUCUAUGCAAAGAAAAAGUGGGUCGUAUGGUCAAGUAUACCGGAUUCGGUAACGCGGCCGGUCACUUAGCACAAAAGGGCUUGAUGGGCAGCAGCCGCGGUCCCGUGCUAUACUCUUCCAGCAGUGAAGACUCCGACACUGAGGAGUAUUUGGAAGCGCAACCUCGCAUCGAUCCAGUCGUGGGGUGCACGAGACCUCCCCGGUCGAAUCCGUUCGAGGGCAUGACCGAUGAGCAGAAAGAAUACGAGGCGAUGAAGCUGGUGAACCUGUUCGACAAGAUGCUGUCGGAGGGCGCGGUGAAGCCGGCGCGCAUCGGGCCCGACGGCCGCCCGCAGCCCAUCGACCACGUGCUGGAGAUCCGCGACCGCCCGCCCAACCGCCCGCAGUCCUAACUGCCUCCGCUACGCCGGGCCCUCUCCGCCGACACGUCCCAGCUCAGACAUCCCCCAUAUACGUAUACCCCAUAUAUUAUCUACGAUCCUAUUCAAAUCUAGCCAUUGGUCGUAUCCGUACGCGCACGCGCGACUUGUCUGUGUGAUUGGCGUCUGGUGUGACCGCGCGGUUAGUAUGUAUUCGUCUCGUUGCAGUUCAGCAAAAGAAAAGCAUAGAAAACUAAUGUAACGAGUUCGAUAUUAUAAGCUUUUUUGAUCAAGGAUAUUAAUAAACGGUAACGUGUCCUCUAAUUUGAAAGAUACCGCCUUUAAAUACGUUACCCUUGUUUAGAAGUAGGUCAUACUACGUUGAUUUAUCGUCAGUGUUAAUAAUUUACGAUAUGUGUUCUUCUCGUUUACUAGUAUUAUCAGCGUCAAAAUUAAGACAUACUUUUAUAUUCGUAACAGAUUAUUCAAUCAAAUUUCCUGAAUUUACAAUGGAUAUCAAUGUAACGCUUUCAUACUACUUUAUCCUUGAAAAGGCGUCCGUGAGCCAUCUGUCGGUAGAUAUGAGGUAGUAGUUUUACGUGGCUACGUCUGCCACGCUACGAGCUGGACGCUACGCACUAGACCAGCUACGAGCUGGAGCUGAAUCGACCUUUACACUUUCAGCAUUGUAGAAGUCAUGUUUCAUUAUAAUUGUAACGGCCCGACUUUAGGAAAAUGUCGUUGUGUGACAAUUUAUAAAAAAUGAGUAAACUAUUUAAUUGACAGGAUUUUAGUAAUCUAUAAAGAUGAUAUGACAUAAUUGUAGUGUGUUGAGUACAUACCGAAUUUGUAUUGAUGUUAAUUUGUAAGUUGUUGUGAUUGUAAUGUUAUUUUUUAUUCAACACAGACGAAACAAUGUGUAAAAGUUUCACUUCAUCCAUUAUAUAUUUCAUACUGAGCAAUCGUGUUAGUAUAACGUACAAACUUUUUUGUCGAUCUUCCAAUCGUUUUAAUUAUAUUUCAGUGAUAAAUAUAUAUCAAUAUUCAAAGAGACCAGUUAAUGUCUCUUCAUUGUCUAUGACACAAAAAUACAUUUCAAUAUAGUUAAUGCUAUUUCUUUUUCAUAUAUUUUUUUUCAUGUAUAUUAUGUAAUAUAUAUUAUAUACUUAUAAAUUGACGGGCUGUUUUUCAAUAAUUCUUUAUUAAUUAUAGCAAAAUAAAUAUUAAGAUUUUAAAAGAUCUUCGCAUCGCAUAGUGUAGUCGCUGUUUGGUGUUUGUCUUUAUGCACUUUAAAAUAGGAUAGGCCAAAGUUAUAUAUUAUUUAUAAGAUUUUCUAGUUUUGACUAGUCACUAUGAUUAUU